UUCUUUUUAAAUAAAGCUGUGCUGGAAGGUAGUAUUUUUGAGCUUCGGACAAACUGAAAAGGUUUUACAGGAGAAACAUGUUUAGCAAAGAUUUGCCCGGAUCCUAGGCAGGUGAAGUUGUUAGGAAAUAGGCGCGAACGGCUGUGAAUAUGGAAUAUUAGAAUAUAUAUGGCUUUGGUGGAAACAUGACUGGGUUUUUGUUCUGAAAGCGGUAUUACAGCACUCCCGAAAUAGCACAUGGCUUCAGUGAUUCGACUUUAGACGUCAAGGUUCCACAAUGCUGCCGAUCCUGCUCCUCUGCCUGGCCACCAGCCAGGCUCUCCCUCAGAAGCCGAACCUGGACGCCAUCCUCAACAGGAGAACCGAUGUCUACAUCGCCGGGUUCUUCCCUUUCGGCAAGGGCGUCGAGAAUUCAAACACUGUAGGUCGAGGGGUGAUGCCCAGCGUGAAGCUGGCCCUGGACCACGUCAACGAGCACGACUCCGUGCUGAGGAACUACCGGCUGCACAUGUGGUGGAACGACACUGAAUGCAAUGCUGCAGUGGGUGUGAAGUCGUUCUUCGAUAUGAUGCACAGUGGACCUCACAAGCUGAUGCUGUUCGGAGCCGCGUGUACCCACGUCACGGAUCCCAUCGCGAAGGCCUCCAAACAUUGGCAUCUGACACAGCUUUCCUACGCAGACACCCACCCAAUGUUCACCAAGGAGGCGUUCCCGAACUUCUUCCGCAUCGUGCCCUCGGAGAACGCGUUCAACGUGCCGCGUAUCAGGCUGCUGCAGCACUUUAACUGGACCAGGGUCGGGACCAUCUAUCAGAACGAACCCAGAUAUGCCUUGGCACACAACCGACUCCUGGCGGAUUUGGACUCCAACGGAUUCCUCAUAGAAGAGACCCAGAGCUUCGCCACCGAAGUGAGGACAGCCCUCUCCAAGCUGAAGGAGAAGGACGUCAGGAUUAUCCUGGGGAACUUCAACGAGACCUGGGCUGUCAGGAUAUUCUGCGAGGCUUACAAACUCGAGAUGUAUGGCAGAGCCUACACUUGGCUUCUAUUGGGGACCUACAGCAAUAAAUGGUGGAUGCGCCGAUCCCCAUGCUCCAAAAGGGACCUCACCACAGCCCUGGACACCACAAUAUUGACCGACCUUCUCCCACUAUCUACUACCGGAGAAACCACCGUAUCGGGAAUUUCCGCCAAGGAUUACCAAGUUGAAUAUGAUCGAAGAAGAGGCACAGAGUAUUCCAGAUUUCAUGGAUACACAUACGACGGUAUUUGGGCAAUGGCACUGGCGAUACAGACUGUUGCCCAGAGGGUGAAGUUGAAGCACAAAGAGAAAACUGUCCAGGAUUUCCGUUACCGGGACAAAGAGUGGGAGCAGUUGUUCUUGGAUGCCCUGAGCAAUGUCACAUUUGAAGGUGUCACGGGUCCUGUACGUUUCUAUGACAACGAACGCAAGGCAUCGAUUCUAUUGAAGCAAUUCCAGGGAGAAGACGUAGGAGAAGUCAAAGUGGGAGAGUACUGUGCGGAGCGAGACCAUCUGGAUCUCAUCAGCUGGGAGCCGUUUAAAUGGGCUGGGAAAAAUCCGCCUAAAGACCGCACUCUACGUAUCAUCGAGCAUACGCAGGUCAAUAUCACCAUAUACUCCGUACUGGUAUCAUGUUCCAUUCUUGGGAUAUUGUUGGCUACCGGUUUCUUAGCAAUGAACAUACAUUAUCGAAACCAAAGGUACAUAAAAAUGUCGUCGCCACAUUUGAAUAACUUGAUCAUCGUGGGCUGUAUGCUCACGUAUCUGAGCGUUAUCUUCCUCGGUCUAGACUCUAGUCUUAGCAGUAUAGGUCUUUCUCAGGAAACGCCACAUGGAGCUGCCUUUCCCUACAUUUGCACUGCCAGGGCGUGGUUACUAAUGGCAGGGUUCAGUUUGGCUUUUGGGGCAAUGUUCUCAAAAACUUGGCGCGUCCACUCUAUCUUCACAGAUGUAAAACUAAAUAAGAAGGUUAUUAAGGACUACCAGCUGUUUAUGGUGGUUGGAGUUCUUUUAUGCGUGGAUCUGGCUAUUAUGACCACUUGGCAGAUUUCUGACCCAUUCUAUAGAGCCACGAAACAAAUGGAACCAUAUCCACACCCAACGAGUGAAGACAUUGUAAUAGUGCAAGAGAACGAAUAUUGUCAGUCGGAGAGAAUGACUAUCUUCAUCGGCGUUAUUUAUGCGUACAAAGGCCUUCUCUUGGUUUUCGGAGCAUUUCUGGCGUGGGAAACAAGACACGUGUCAAUACCAGCCCUGAACGACUCGAAACACAUUGGCUUGUCGGUAUACAAUGUCCUAAUCAUGUGCAUCAUGGGCGCAGCUAUUGCACUGGUCCUCUCUGAUCAUAAAGAUGCGCUAUUUGUCUUAAUCGCCAUCUUCAUCAUAUUCUGCACAACAGCUACAUUAUGUCUAGUUUUUGUACCUAAGCUCUUAGAACUGCGACGCAACGGCCAGCCCGGUUCAGCACCGACACGUAUCCGGGCGACUCUCCGGCCAGCCUCGACCCACGAAUGCCGAUCACCAGGCCCGGAACUGGAGAGACGGCUGAAAGAACUGCGCCAGUAUAACACAAGAUAUAGACGGACAUUACAAGCGAAAGAGAAUGAGAUUCAGAUGUUGCUAAGUAAAUUGGGAAGUGAUGCUGGUUCAGAAUCAUCUACGCGUGACUCUAAAUCUCCAGCUAUGCAGAGGACUAGACUGCCAGUUCCUAAAGAAAACAUAAGUCAUCCAGAAACCAGUGACAUUACAUCAGUAUGUAGUCUCAGUGCAUCAGCUGGUGCAGAAGCUGAAUACAUCAACCUUCAAAACCAAGCUAACGAAACAAUAAAACCAUCAGCCCCACCCGAGCCAAUCAAAGAAACUCUACUCAAAGAACCCAGAAAGGAACAGACAAAAAAUGUUUCCUUCAAGAACCACCUGGACUACACCAGUCCACCAUCAUCAAAAGCCGUGCCUGAGAAGGACCAGCUGGCUAAACUUCCUUAUGGAUGGACUGCAGAGGAACCAUCUGAGCCGACAAUAAAGCAAACAACGAAAAUCCCCGAGCCCGCUAAAGCUGAAGCGAAGACCAUACCAGCAUUGAAACCCAGCGAUACACAGACAGUUAAAUCCACGCCAGCAAAGAUCCAAGAACCUAUGUACACUAAAGCAGCCACGCCUAAAAUUAAUAAGACGCCAGAGCUCCAAAAGAAGAUCGUAAAGUCGCAAGAGUCGAUCUCAACAAAGACCACACCGUCCCGAGAACACAAAGACAGGCCAGGCCCGCGAGGUCACCGUCGGAUGUCAAGCGUGAGUCAGGGCGCCUUGCUGACCGAGCUGAUGCAUGUUUCUGUGGAUCAGGAUGAUAUAGAGCCUCCACCUGGUAUGGAGAGGAAGGUCAUAGGGCAAGAAAGAGAUCCACUACCACCAAUGUCUAAGCCUAAACAAGAAAUAGAAGACAUUUUAGAUAUUGAUCAGGAUUAUUCGUCUAUGGAAAGAAGAAAGUCUUGUCAGAGGCGAGACUCGGAAAAGAGGAAGAAGGAGUUCAUUGUAGUACAAAGUGACCUGUGGGACACGAAUACUUUCCAAUACACUUGCCAGAAAUCUCCUCCAGCCACCAAUAAACAUUCAAGCAGUGCGCAUGAUGGACACCAUCAUUCUCCAAUGCAGAGGAGUGUAUCGGAGAAGAGUCGACAGCAAUCAUCACCACAUCAUCAUAGGGAAACAGAAUCGAAGACUUUAGAAAGAAGGGCGUCCAAUGCCUCCAUAAAUUAUGCAGGUACACGAGGAGGCACUCCAGAAGGCUACCGGGAAGCAGAGACUCUCAGAAUGACGGAUCGACUAGCGAAACGUCGAGGGUCAGAGUUCCCACAGCCAGUGAGCACGCCCCCACACCAAUCUCAAAACAAGAGAAGACAGUCUUCGGCUCAAGUAAAGCCCUACCAAGAAGAUAAAAUAGAGAAGGUAGAAGCAAAACCUAGAAGACACGACGACAAACGGAAGCCAAUCCAAGAGCCACAGGAUUCGAACUGGCGACCUGAUCCUGACACGAUCAGAGUGUCGAAAGGCCAGGAUUCUCCAGCAAAGAGGCUGAGGCAGGAAGCUGAGCCCCUGAAGAGGGCGAAAGGAGUUGGGGACUCUCCGAGGCUGACGCAGGCGCAUCAGACGCCGAGGCCCGACCAUCACAAGAGCAGUCCUAAUGUAGCCUCCAGGCAUAAGUCAGGUUCACCAAAUAAUCGCGAGGAGCGCAAGUCGGCAACAUACAGUCGCGGCGACUCCAAACGCCAGGAGUCCGCAGAACAACGCAAGAUGUACACAGCCAGUUCAGAAUCGGAGCUGUUCGAGUGCGCCAUCUUGCCUAUCUUCCACAAACUCCUCACAGAAAGACACAAAAGCCAGCCGCAUGGCUUAAACCUUAGCUACGGCGUCAGCUGCCCGAAUAUAUCGAUAAAAUGCGACAUUGUCGAGUAUUUGUAGGUAGAUAUGUUAGGGAAAUGUAUUUUGACCGAUAAUAAGUACCUAUUAUUUCAUGAACUUUGUCUAAGUAUAUACCUACCAACUUUUUUGGGAGGCAUACAUUGCAUAAAUUGCCGUACCUGAUGGCGCGCAAAUCCGUUCAUUAGGUACCUAGCCUAGGUACCUACCAUGUUACGCAUACCAAACUUAGGUAUGUAUUUGUGUAUGUAACAUUAACUCAUUUAAAUCUGCAUAUAAUUAAGUACAUGACCUACAACUUGUAAAUCUACAACCGUACAAUUUUAUUUACAAGAAGAUGAAUGAGAUGUUUUUAAUAUAUGUACGUACCUACAUACCUCUGGUUGAGUAGCGCUGUUAUGUCGUUUCCUCAUAUAAGUAAGGGUCCAAUGGGUCCAUUUUUCACUUUAUAAUCUUGUUUUGAAAUAACCCCAUUAGUUUAGAAAGAAGUAACAUAAGAAAGGAAGAAAUAAACUACCCCCACUCCGUAUCUUCAACCCAACUCCCAAGUUUCCGAGGGAGGGUUACCAUGUUACAAAGUAAUACAAUCAUGGAUUUAGAAAGUACUUCGGAGUACCUACUAAUUUCAUGAAUACAAUAAUAGUGGAAACAUGUUGCCAUAAAUACGCUCUAUCUUGCUGACACGCUAUAUUUUGCUGAUCAAAAUGAUGUAAAAUACAGACCAAUGUGUAGAUAUAUUUGCUGACCAUAAGUUGCUGCCCAAUUAGUUAUUCGGCUGACCAAAUAAUACCAAAUAUAAAUUGCAAACAAUACCAGAAUUAUUUGCUGGAAUUUUAAAUAACACCCGUUACAUAAUACAUACGCGAAAGAUAAAUACAAAAUACGACAUUUUUAUUUAGUUAAAGCUUGUAUAACUAUUUCUAAAUAAAGUAGGAUGUGAAUAUUUUUAAGGAACUACUAUGAAUGUUACAUGUAAGAAAAAUCAACGACAAGUUCGCUCACGGGUUUCUAAUAAUAUACCUUUGUAAAAUAUACUUAUAAAUAUGAAAUUAAUUAACGUGACAUCUUUUUUAAAACAUCGAAUAAGUAAAUACUUACGUGUAAUAUUUAUUUAUAACUAUUGUUAAUUCAUCGUUGAUUCAUUGUAAAGUGCACAAGAAACUGUAAAGUGACGCACAUAUGAGUACCGUGGUUGUUACGUUGUGCUAUGUAAUAUUUUAUUGUCAGUUAUUUUAUUAUUUAAACAAUAAAACUUUAAUAGAAAUGUUCGAAUUUGAAAAAUAGCUUUCACGUUAAAUGGAGUAGUUUACGUUAAGUUUAACAUUUUUAAUUUUAAAGUCAACAAAUAUAUAAAUUAUAUUUAAAGUUAACUUUCCAUUUAUAAUAUGAAAUAAAUUUUAAUAUGUUUUGUGUCUAUUCCCUUGUGAUAAUCCUAUUUAGCUAGAUGCUAGUCCAAAAGUGUUCAAUUUAUUGUUCUGUUAUGUACCUAAUGUUUUCAAUUUACUAAUGCUUCGGGUAUAUUUGGUUACAAGUAAUAUAUUGGUAAUUAAUCAGAUAUAUUUAGUUCUCUAUUGCACGUAAUUUAAAGACUUAAUAGAAUUAAGAUUGUAAUUUAAGAUUGUAUAAGGAUUA